AUGGAUCCAGACGCACAAAUUCAGCAACAGCAAGAGCCCCCGGAGAGUGAAAAGAAAAGCAAAAUACAGGCUCUGCUGUCGCGGGCUCAGAGACCAGAGGUACAAGUAUAUGAUGAGCGUCUGGGAACCUCCAAUCUUGUCAAGCCAGCUGAACCGGAAAUCUUCGAGGACGUAGCUGUCAAUGAGGGUUGCAAGAUGGUGAGAGGCAGUCUUAUCGUGGGCAACCGGCACCUGCGAUGUCACCUUCUUCGUCUGCCGAUCCAGGUCCGAUACAGAAUUUAUGAAUUCUUGUUCUGUCAUCACAACAGUUACGUCGAGAUAGGGGCUCCAUAUAAUCACCAAAUCGGGGAUUUGGCGAUCCUCAGGACCUCGCACGUGUUUUACCAUGAAGCAUCUAUCGCUCUGUAUCAUUCCCUGGGUGAUCGACUGCUCUUUUUCAGAAAUUACGGGUCGAAGUCCGCUGAUUUCCUCAGACGUCAGCCAACGCCGUUGCCUUGCUGCCGUAACAGAGUCUUCCAGCAAUGGUUGGAAUACCCCUGUCGUAACAAAGAAAUUGUGUGGAGAAGAUCUUUCAAGAAAAUCGUGUUUCUGAUCGGAGCAUCCGAGCCCCUGCUGGCAGUUCAACGUCGCUGGGCGUUUGCAGAGUUCAUCACCACUCUAAGAAUGAGCGAGCCCCUCAGAAUCCACGAGCUUUCUGUGGUGGUGUACAAUCAAUGGAAAAUCCCCGGAUUUGAUGAGGGAGAUCUGGUCCGCGCUCUGUUUAGUGGCGGGAUUGAAUUUCUCGGAAGGUUGAUAUUCAGAGGCUUGGCCGAAGACGAGACGGAACGCCUGACUCAACUCAUCUUUGCGCUCAGAAUUCCCAAUUUGACGAUCGAGCGGGUCAGAACACGAGCAGAGGAGGAAGAAGUCUCUAUAAAUUUGUAUGCAUUGAAGUACGAGAUCAAUGAUGGCGAAAAAGACCUCCCGGUCAGCCUCUGCACUUUCGAGUCCAAGACCGACGACAAGCAAUCGCUUCUCGUCAGGUGUCUUUGUUGCAAUAGCACUUGCAAUCUGGCGGGCGUAGAGCUGACCAACUGUUUCAUGUCCAGGAGCUCGACCACCAAGCAGUGA